AUGAGCUCUAACUCAGAUAUCAUCGCGAGCUUUUCCCCAGAUGUUCGGGAAUUUGCUUUUCAGGCCAAGACGUCGCAGAAAAACGUCGUCGACAUCUAUCCUCUAGAUGCAGCCAAGGAUUAUAGCGUCAACAGUUCUCUAGUGAACCACAUCGACUAUGAAACCAAUGAUUUGCAAGCUUCAGACAUUUUUUUUGCCGGAUGGUGCAGCGGUUUAAGGGAAGACGAUAAACAGAGGGCUAAGAGGAAGAAUGACAGCGAUGGCGGAGAGGAAAUCGAUACCGAAGAUAAAUUGGAAAACUUCUUUAUCAGCGUGCAGGCUUCAGGCAAAAUAGUCGUGUUUCCGUCGAGUGGUAAAAACAUUGUGAACAUGAUCCAGAGCAAAAGUGACAUUCUGCAGGCGAGCGUGGAGGGUUCUUUCAUAUGGAUUUUAGACAGCGAGAGAACAGUCAAAAAGUUUCAGUACAAUCAAGCAAAGCAGUUAAGAUCAUUUCAGCUGAUUGGCGGAAAAGACAGCGAAAUCGUGUACUUUGAGAUACUGAAAUAUGAAGAGCUUCUCUACCUAUGCUACGCUUCGAACGACACUCUUUAUAUCGUGGACCCUACUAAACGAAGGCCAAGUAUGAUAGCGAAGCUUCCUAUUAAUGGCUGCAAAUCAUGUCAGCUUUUGGAUAACGAAAGAAUAGCGGUAGCAACUCCAAAAAGCGUACUGACCUUCAACUACAAAAUAGAGGCGCUUGAGCAAGAGUGGCACAUAGAAGUUAAACAUUUGAGCGUUUUCAAGGAUAUAAUACUGUGCCAAGGCUUGGCUGACAACAUUGUAGGAUUUAAAGUAGGGACAGAUUCCCCUGUGUUUCAAGUAAGAGUUGCUGACGCGCAUCUACUGGGUGUCGCACUGGUUGAGGAAGGCAUUAUGAUCGCCUGGCUGAAUGUGAAUGAACCAAAUUUUGAAUCGCUAUCCAUAAGAGAUCUCAUUGGUAAUCGCGAUGUAGUUAUCAAGGGUCAGACUGGUAGUAACCCAACAUAUACAGAACAGCUUGCUGACGGGAGAAAUGGCAGUGAGAGUGAAGAAGGAGAAGUAGAGCAAGCGGCAGGAAAAGCCAUAUCGAACAACAAGAUAACCAAAGCAGAGCAGAUCGAGCUAAGCAAGUCUCUAAUUUCAGCUUUGGAAUCGGGGGACAACGAUCAGAUCCUCGAGCUACUUAUUUCCACGGCCUGGAAUGAGCCUAAAAUCAAGUCAUUUAUUGCUGCACAGUCAUUAACAGAAAAUUCGCUCUGUACGUUAUUUGAACUGACUACCUCUGAAGUUCAAAAGCACCCUUGGAAUGAUAAUCAGAUCCUUUCACUGUGGUUUAAGUGGCUCCUUACCCUAAAGCCGGCAAUAUAUUCCAGUUUCCAACAUUCAAAGCAUGCCAGGAAGCACAACAAGCGCCUAAGGUCAUCCCUUAAAAGUUCUGGAGACACCCUGCCAAUAUUACUUGGGAUUCAAGGAAGAUUGGAGAUGCUGAAAAGACAGGCACAGCUAAGAGAGGAUUUAGCUCAACUGAACAUAACAGAAAAUGAAGCAGACGGAGAGAUUGAGACUGUUGUGCAGGAAGAAGAUAGAGAGUCUUUGCAAAUUUCGGGUGAUCAAGAUGAUUCUAUAGCAUACGCUAACGGCGAGAGUGAUACAUUUGUCGAUGCCUCCGACUUCACAAAUGUGAAAUAG